GAAAACCAUAUAUGCGCUUGAGUUUUCAGAGGCGGUGGGAAAUCGGACUUUUCCUCGGCUCGGUGUACUUUGAUCAUACCUCUUCACUUUCACUAGUACUGGGUGAUAUAUGUUGAGGAGACCUUGAGCUACAUUGAUGUGCUGCAUUUUCCCGGGAUUGUCAUACAAUUGCGAACGCUCGGGUGAUGUGAAACCGUUACUUUGUGGGGAUGAUCCAUCAGGUGAAGCAGUGAUUCAAGCCAAAGGGGAUGGUUCUUGGCAUCAAGCAGCAAGCGAGGCUUGUGCCAAGAAGGGGGAAGACCAAGAAUUGAAAGCAGAGUUUAAUUUCUCGUUUUUUGGAGCUCUUGUGUGCGGAAGACACCGAAAUAAAACUGUUUUCCUUUUAGAGAAACGCGUUAUCCACCCCAAAGCGUCCGGACUGUGAUAAAUCAACAACAUAGCAGAGUGACAAAGUACAGGUUGAGUCAAAGGAGUUUAUCGGGCUCCGGUGGGAAGAGAAACACGGAUCAAGACAGCAGCACAGCAGCAUAGGUUUUCAUGUCUCCUCUCCACACACCUGUAAAGGUUUCCACUUCCUGUGAUACCAUCACACCAUGCCUGAGGGGGCAGGCCGAGGCAGCCAGAGAAAGCCCAGCAACCAAGCUGCCAAGCGCCCCUCCUCCGUGUCCUCCCUGAGCAGCAUUGUGGGUAGGAUGACCUCGUCGGGGGGCGCCUCCCGCGGGAGCUGCACCUCGGUCAACACGGUGUGCUCGGAUAGCGACCGCACGGCCAGCCUCAGCUCCUCUGCCUCCUCCGCCUCCCUGCAGGACGGACACUCUUCCUCUUCCUCCUCGCUGCCCUACGGGGCCGUGCCUGCCUACCCUUCCUCGCCGCAGCGCAACGGCUCCGACAUCAGCCUGGACCUCACCCCCCUCUCCCAGCUCCCAGCGGGGGCAAACCCUGCCACCGCCGUGUCCCCGCCCAAGCUGUCUCGCUUGGAGAGGGUGGCGCUGGAGAUAGUAGAGACGGAGCAGGCGUACGUGAGGGACCUGAAGAGCAUCGUAGAGGUGGAACACGAGGAGGAGGGCAAGAGGGAGGGUAUGGCACGGGAUGAAAGCAGCAGUAAAUCCAAGUCAUUACUUCAAAAGGAUGUUUCACACUCUUAUCCGAUAGGGUCAGCUGGCCUGCGACAAUGA